AUGAUAGCGGAAGCGCCAAAUGAGCAUACACAUCGGACAAGUGAUUUACAAUUCGAAUGUGGAAAUGCAUCCGCAAUAGCAACAAAAGAAGCUUCACGUGAUUACAGCCAAGGUGCUAUAGAAGAUUUAAAAAAAGUUGUUGAAAUUGAACCAAAUGUAUGUCUUCCAUUUAUAUAUUUGGCAAGAGCUGAAUAUGAUAAAGGUGAUUAUAAGUCAGCAAUGUCACAUUUAGAUGACAUGAUUGCUGCUAAAAAUUCUGAAAGUCUUGAUGAUGCUAUUGAAAGCGAUCAAGUUGAAAUAAACGAAUUACAGACAAAUAUUUAG